AUGGUGGGUGCUUGUUCACGAGGGCAAAGGAAGAAGAAGAAGCUAAGAAGGGAGAGAUCUCGGCGGUGGGUUGACGGUGACAGAGAGGGCUGUGAUGGUGGUGGUUUCAGUGGCAGCAGAUGGUGGUGUUGGGGAGAGUGGAGAAAAAGGAUGAGUGAGAGAGUGUGUGAAAUUCAAAUGAGGGGUAAGAUGGAGAAAAAAAAAAUGCAGGUUCCUAAAUUCUUUUUCUUCAAGGUUUCAAUGCUAAUAAUUGGUCUUACAAGUGUUUGUAAAUGCGAGGAUUGUAGGAAACCACCGAAGACGAUUACUGUUAGUCAAUCAGGAAAUGCAAACUUCAAAACAGUUCAAAGUGCCAUUGAUUCUGUCCCCUCAGGAAACUCUCAAUGGGUUCAUAUCCAAAUUUCCCCAGGCGUUUACAGAGAAAAGGUGGUAAUUGAGAGCGACAAACCUUGCAUAUAUCUUAAAGGAGGCGGCGGGGGUUCCACCAGUAUUGAAUGGAAUGACCACGGCAAUGCACAUUUCACUGCUACUUUCAACAUUAAAGCAUCGAACAUUGUUGCAAACGCCAUUGCCUUCAAGAACACAUAUAACACUGUAGACACAGGCAAGGUGGUUCAAGCAGUAGCAGCAAGGGUUCAUGAAGACAAAAUUGCUUUCUACGAUUGUCAAUUUAUAGGGGUACAAGAUACCCUGUUCGAUUCAUAUGGCCGCCAUUACUAUAAGGGUUGUUACAUUCAGGGUGGAGUUGACUUCAUCUUUGGGAGUGGUCAAUCAAUGUUUGAGGGAAGCACGCUAUUUUUCUCAAUGGGACUUGGUCCCAAAGUAGAUGGGGUUUUCACAGCAAACAAAAGGGAAGAAGAUGACAACAGCGGCUAUGUGUUCAAGAAUUGCAACAUAACUGGAACUGGAGGAAAAGCCAUUCUUGGAAGAUCUUUGAAUGCUUAUGGCAGAGUUAUUGUUGCCAAUUCUGUGCUUUCAGAUGUCGUUAGACCAGAGGGUUGGGAAUCUUUGCACCACAAUGUAUCAAAGAUAACGUUUGUAGAAGAGGGAAACGCAGGACCAGGAGCAAACACAUCUUAUCGUGUGCCAUGGACGAAACAUUUAAGGGCCUCUGGCCUUCAUCAAUUCUUGGACAUGUCUUUUAUUGACAAAGAAGGCUGGAUUGCUAAUAUUCCCUCGUUAUGA